AUGAAAUCGGACCCCAACAUCCUCUGCGAAUUCCACCAAGAAAAAGGACAUAAGACCGAGGAUUGCAUAGGCCUACGCCAAGAAGUAGUCAGGAUACUGAACCAGAGGUAUCUGAAAGAACUGUUGAGCGACAAAGGGAGAGCCAACUUCGCCCGAGGGCAUGACCCAUCUCAAGGACCCCCAAAGCCACCAUCGCCUGCGCGAACCAUACAAAUGAUCAUUGGCGGCGGCGAUGAUGCAGUAAUCAAUCACGUAAAGUUCACCACCACGCACAAACUCAAACGAACGGUCGCCCACGAAUGGUACGAUGACCUCGAAGACAGUAUCAUCUUCGAUAAGUCAGAUGCAGACGGUUUGUGUUUCCCUCACUAUGAUACUUUGGUUAUAACUUUACACAUCACUGAUACAGAUGUAAAAAGAAUCAUGGUAGACGACGAAAGCGGCGCGUGUAUUGUUCACCCGAGAUUCCUCAUGCAAAUGAGGCUCGAGGAUAAAAUAAUACCGCGUUGCAUAAUACUAACGGGUUUUAACAAUGCAGUAGAGCGGACAUCCGGGGAAAUAAUGCUUCCUGUCCUAGUAGGGGGAGUCACGCUGGAAACUACAUUCCACGUUAUGAACCAGGAAACAACCUAUAAUGCCAUCAUAGGACGCCCAUGGAUACACACCAUGCGAGUUGUUUCUUCAAGAUUCUAUUAA